CAGCGGUGUCCUCAGGCCUGCUUAAUGUGGGAACGCAUUUUCUCUCACGUCUUGUGUGGCCCCAUAUAGGGUCAAAUGUGGAGUUAAAAUAUCUAAUGUGUCAAAAACCGCUGUGAGUACACUUCAGCUAGUGGAGGGGGAGGGUGUUUACCUCACUGGUUCUUGGGGGUUCAAGCCUGGUUUCUGCCCAGUUUCCCUUCUGUUUCUCUGUAAAGCAUCUUUGUGACAGUUCUCUGUAAACUAAGAUAAGAUAGUUCGUUUACUGUCAUUCCUUCUCCUUACAGGUUAUGCAAAGAGUAGAACGAAAUAUAGUGCCCCUGGGGCCAUAGUGCAAUACUAUGAAAGCUCUAUACAAAAUGAAUUGAAUUGAAGAGCACGUGACAAGCCGUGUUUAAUUUUACUGGUGCAAAUGCACACUAUAUACAGCAUGUUAUUUCUGUCAUAUUUACCCUGCGACUCACCGCAAGCUCACCUACGCUCCCCUGGGCACAGCAGUGACGUCGUGCCACCAGUCCAAACUCUUCCGGAGGGUUCUGCAGGGAGAGUUCGGCCUCUCCGUCCGUCCCGAACAGCCGUCCUCAGUACCGCCCCCGGUCUCCCGCGUGGAGAUGGGGCCCGGGUCGUGUCCCCGGCCUGCGGGGGGCUCCUGCAGCGGGACGCGGCGGCGGCAGCCGCGGUGGGUGACCUCCUGGGUGACGUCAGACGGCGGCGAAGGACGGAUGACGUCCCACCGUCCCCAAGGACACCGUCGCUGGGCCGUUACGGGGGGGGGGGGGGGGUUAUUUAUAGAAGCACCGCACCACCCUGUCCAGGACCGGCCUUCUGCCCGUUACUCGCCCUCUGUCACCUCAUCCGAUGCACAGAGGUCACGGAUUCAGGGUCCAGCAAACGCACCGUUUCAUGUCUCCCGUCCAUUUGAGGCUCUUUUAAAUCCAUUUUUUUAUCUUUCGUAGUGUGAAGGUAACAUAAUUGGUGAACAAAUUUUAAAGCGCAGUUCCUCUUUUCUAUAAUUUUAGAGGGCUAUAAGGAAAGGUGGAGACGGUGGUACCUGCUGGUAUUUUUAGAGCGGAGAUUUUGAUGGAUGCGGGAUGCAACAGCCUCGAAUGAUUGGUCCAGAAGCGUGAAGCGGUGUAAGCGCUGGCCAUCCGUGUUUAGAGACGCGUGUUCAGAGAUCGGCGCCCGGCGGAGGCUGGGGGUAAAGAAAAUGGCUUUUUAAUGCUUUUACCGAAUCUUCAUAAUCGCCCUUCUGCUUUCACUGCUGGAAGCGUGCAGCCGACCAGCAACAUCAUUUCAUGAAGGGAAAGCAUCUAAUGUAACUCAAGUCCUGGGGUGCGUGGCGGUGAUGCUUUAAGGGUAUUUCUUUUAAUUUAAUAUUACUGGAGAAAAUACGACCGGUGAAAUGAUACAGACAGAGAUGCCACUGAAUGUGACAGGCCCUGAAAUAUCACACAGCAGGCCUAAAAAGAGACCGCUGGAGUUGUACUGCCCGUGAUGUCAGAGCUUAACAUUGCAUCACUGUCAUCGUUCGUCUGAACUGGUGAAUUGAUUCAGGUUGAGCUGUAUUGAUCUCGUCCACCAGUGUACCGCAGCUCUCAACCCGGAUGUCUCCGCAGGUAUAAAGCAGCCCGUGACAAAUGUUACUGAUGGCUCGCAAACAUAUUUAACCGUCGCACAGUUUCUCCCUUUAGUCACUCAUUGACGGAGUACAGUUAGACUGAGAUUAGGGCUGACCUGAGAAGUACUGACUGCUGGAGCUGCUAUGGGAAUGGGUUGAGGGACGGCCAUUUUGUCAAAUUCUCAGCUGGACCUUCGUAUGGGGCCCUUGUAAUCUGUGAACUCAAGAAGCAGGCCAUGGUCACAUAUUGAAUGGCCAGAGAACAGAUUCCCACGGUUUUUUUUAUCAAGGUGGUGUUAUGACCUCAUGCUCAAUACGGCACUUGGCGUGAGGGACUUUAGUUUCUCUUUAGCUUUCUGGAUGGUCUUAACCUGAAUUCUUUGGCAUGCUAAUCCUUCCAGCAAAUUGGAACAUUGAAACAAGUGACAUGAAUAGUUGAUUUUAGUUGUUUACAAUAUGCAUGUAGUUUACCUUAAAAAGGUGGAUCUUACCCAGCUGAUUAUACUGUGUAAUACUGAAAGUAAUGUGUAAUUCUGAAAGAACUCAAAGGUGAUGUGUUCAAAAAAAACUACCUGUUACCAGAAGCAUGCGGCUGGCUCAGGUAGAAGGGUCAUAAAUACAAGGAACACAAGCUGACAGCGGAGCUCAUAAAGUUAUGAGGGCUCAUCGAGUUUGUCCAUUAACAAAGUUAUGGAAAUUGAAGUCUCAGGGUGUUGGCGGUUAUGGAUGGCAGUUGGCGUGACUCCAGCGAUAUGCCGGAGGUUUGUGUGCCACAGAGUGAUUACAGGGCUGCAGUGAACUGUUUGUGUGGCCUCAGUCAGAAUCAAUGUUUUUCUGACAGAACACAAAAAAAAAUGCAGGCCCAGCCUAUUAAAAUGAAAUCACACUGACUGGCGGUUGUUUUUUUCAGGGCCUGCGUGCCGAUUGGCUGGCGGCUGGCAGCUUCCUGCCUUUGUGGUCAGCGGUGAUGUGACAUGUAAAACACAAUAGUGAAGUGCCGUUGUGCUGCCUGUGGUUAAUGUGUGCUUUUGUUUACUGUGUCGCAGAGUUUCUGUGAACUUGUUUGCCAAACAUUUAUCGUGAUGUUAUCUUUUUUCAAAAGAAGCAAACUAGCACCAUGGGCGUAAAAAAGCCAGCUAUAGGGAUGUUCUCAGCCUGAGAAAAAAAAAGGUACAAAAAAGUGCUUUAAAAGGUAAACUACAUGGCCAAAAAUAUGUGGACACCCAAACAUCACACCCAUAUGUGCUUGUUAAACAUCUCAUUCCAAAACCAUGGGCAUUAAUAUGGAGUUGGUUCCCCCUUUGCUGUUGUAACAGCCUCAACUCUUCUCUUGCUUUCCACUAGAUUUUGGAACACGGCUGUGGGGAUUUGCUUCCAUUCAGCCACAACAGCAUUAGUGAGGUUGGGCACUGAUGUUGGGCGAUAAGGCUGGCUCGCAGUAGGCGUUCCAUUUCAUCCCAAAGGUGCUCGAUGGGUCAAGUUCUUCCACACUAAACUCGCCAAACCAUUUCUUUAUCUGCUUCAGCACUCGCCGGUCCCGUUCUGUGAGCUUGUGUGGCCUGCCGCUUCGAAGCUGAGCCGUUGUUGCUACUAGACAUUUCCACUUCACAAUGACAGCACGUACAGUUGACCAGGGCAGCUCUAGCUCUGUGCUUGAUGAACUGACUUGUUGAAAAUGUAGCAUCAUAUGACAGUGCCACGUUGAAAGUCUCUUCAGUACAACCCAUUCUACUGCCAAUGUUUGUCUAUGGAGAUGACUAUGCUGCAUUUUAUGCACCUGUUAGCAAUGGGUGUGGCUGAAGUAGCCGAACCUACUAAUUAGACGGCGUGUCCACAUACUUUUGGCCAUGUAGUGUAUUAGCACUCUUGUCACUGGUGUGGUACCCUAUAGGUACAUAAAAUUGUACCCCUAGCCUGCGAUACCAAAAUCAUUUGCACCUUUUUUGCAUAUAAAUGGCAGGUGUACCCCAAUGAAAACAUUAUUGUACUUUCAGCUUACAUUUGGGAAAUUUGUUCCAUAAAGAACAAAAAAUGUACCUCUACUGUAACUUUAUUUCUGACUGUGCUGGGAGAAAAUAAAAUGUAGGCUAAAUUAAUCUUGACGUGUCAAUACCUUGGUGUGUGCCCAAUUGAGUAAAAACACAUUCCUCAGGGGUUCUUUUUCCAGUUAAUGAAAUUCAGUCCAAUUAUAUGCUCGUUUACGUCAUACGACAGUUGGAAGUUAAAUGACUUCAAAUUUUCUAGAGAGCAUGCUGGGUGCCAUUUAAGUGCCCCCAUUUAUUUAAAUGGUUUAGGAGCUAAAUUUGUGAUUAGUGGUGCGUCAACCUUUUGAUUAAAUCUGCGGAUGAGCAACAGGAGUUUGUCCUCAGGUAGCUACCAUGCUUCAUAGCAGAACGAACCCUAUUCCUUCUUGCUGUGGCUUUUGUUUGGUUUGUUGGAUUUCAAACGUUAGUAAAAUUGCCUUAUUUUGUGGCUGCUGGGCCUGCAUGUCACCAUGGAUACCAUGCUCCUCCUGGGCAAUGGGGAACAGUGUUUCCAUGACCGUUUUGGAAUAGUUUUAAGUAGAGCUGGCUCCUAGUAGCACAGAGAGCAGACAGUCUGCGGUCUAAAUAGCAGUGUGAAGGGGGCCAUCACAAACAUGGGACGGGAAGGAGAGUUGCAUACUGUAACAUGCUGCCUAGCAACUGCUAGACAUAAUAGGUAGCCUAAUAAUAGUUUUGUGUAGCUUGUGUUUUUCCUAUAAAAUAUCACUGCUAUGUUGAAAGGACGCAAUGUUUGUGUGCUUCUGUGAGUUUGCGUUGGCAAUAGACUCAAAUGGGAUAUCCUAGCCUACAGUUCGGGUUCAGCCCAUCUGUGUAAUGAGUUUGACUAGCUAACGAACUUCAGUGCUCAAUGGAUAAGGGAAACGUCAGUGGAAUCCACAGGGCCAGCGUUUUAUGCCGUUACAGCUUUGAACAGUGCUGCUGUGACUCAGCUGUCGAUGUGUGCGCUUUCACUUGGGUGCGUGUUUAACGAUGUGACGCGUUUGCCGUGAAUGUAAGCUGACACAACUGUGGUUGAACUGGAACAUUUCCUCACUAAGUGUUUGGCUACAGGCCUACUGAUAUAAUUAUCCGUUGUCUCUUUUUGGUUUAUAUUGUUUAUGGAGCAGCUGUUAUCACAAGACACACAGAGGUAACGGCCAGGCCGGCUUCUGCCGUUGGAGUCCAUUUAAAGGAGAACGCAGUGCCCGUAGACUAAGAUGUCCUCUAAUAUGCCGAGCUCUAACAGCAUAGUGCAGGCACGGAGGACGGUGAUGCAGCUGAGGAUGGAGGCUAGCAUGAAUAGGAUAAAGGUGUCCAACGCAUCAGCAGACCUCAUGCGCUACUGUGGAGAAAACGCCAAGUACGACCCCUUGCUCAUGGGCAUCCAUCCGUCAGAAAACCCCUUCAAGGACAAAAAGCCCUGCACAAUAUUGUAGUGGGUCGCCCCCUAACUCGUGUGCUUUUUAAAUGUUCCUUUUUUAUAGAUCGAAAACAAUUUAAAACAACUGUAAGUUCCCCUGAAAUCACCCUAAAUGUGCCCCCCUUAUUAAAACUAGUGCAAGUUAACAGGUUGAAUUGCAGCCAUUGUUUGCCUUCGCCACUGCAUUCCGACUGAUCGAAAGGAGAAGAAGAAAAAGCACAACGUAAACAUGCGCCGCGGUUUCUGAGACGUAAUUGGCUGGUAAUCUGUGUCCGUGGAAACAAAGCUUGAGGAUGAGGAAUGGAUGCUGAUAUUGGAUUCGGCGUGAAGCCCGCAAGGGCAGCGUCAUGCAAGCUGCGAUUUCUGCUGCUUUUGAGACCAGCUGCCCUGGAAUACAAAAAAUAAAGAAAUUGUAGUCAUCAAAAGCCUAAACAAUGGUCUCUAGUUCCUAGUGUCCGUACUUUCUUCAGCCAAUCAGGACCCAUUGAUAACUCGGCUUGAUUAGAUCAUUUGUUAAUAGUGAAUGGCGCUGAUAAGCAGUUGCAACACUGCCCUAGCAAGCUUGCAGCGUCUCUAUCUUCCGUAUGACCGGCCUGCACUGUUAAUGAAUGACCCCCCGUGCUGAAAAGGAAGCCCUGGUUCUCGCGGCCGUUCGUCACAGAGGGAGGGGGCGGGGCUGGACUAAAAGGUCACUGCCUUCACGUAAGAGUCUGGAAACUACGCUUUAGUGUGGGCCGUGACAGUGCGUCAGUUGUGACCUCAUCAUGCUGGCCACGCCCCUCCCUCGAUGUGACUGCAUAGAUUCACGUACAGAGACGCAGCGGGAAGGGGCAUAACCGUUCAGUGGGGGGUUUUUUAAUUGUUAUGAUGAGGCUACAUGCUUAAAUUGAACGGGAAGAAUGAAAGAAGGGGACAAAGCAAUAAAAACUAAAAAAAGAAACUCUCUUACUUGAUUAUUAUCUGCUUCAGAUCAACGCAUGUCUGAGGCCAGUCUGAUGUUCACCUCAAACUCUGUUUCCGUAUCUCCUUCCUGUUCCUUCUGUUGAACAUAUGGAGACUGAAUGUCUUGUUCUCUCCGGUUUACAUGAUUUUGUGUUCAGUUCUUUUGAGGUGAUACAGCUUAAGGAACCUGUGAACCCACCCUACCCAGUCACUUUUACAAAAGCAAGUGUUUUUAAACACCAUUGCUGUUCAUUGUGCAUAGUUUCUCCAUAUUUCUGGUCUAAUUUAUUCUUAAUUCAGCUAAAGAAUCAAUAAUCCUAUUUUUUCAGUGAUUAAAUUCAAGUUCCAAGGACAAACUUACAAAUAUCCUCCACCGCUGAUCGGUUCCAUGCAGUACAUUGCUACAGUAUUCCAUUACAGGCGCAAGUCUCUGCAGUCAUUGUAGUAUAUAUGUGCAACGAUGCACAGCCAUUUGUUUGAUGACUAAUAAGUAAGAGUUUUGAAGUACUGUAUUAAAACCUAGAAUAAAUCCUGUACUUGUUUGCCUUUGAAAUCGGUACCCUGUGACUAGCCUAGCUAAGCCCAACCAGCCGUAGGUAUGUGAUAGCCAUGCAGGACAAUUUUAUUGCUGUGUAAUAUGAUGAUGUUUAAAUGGUAACCCUUUAAAGUGCAUAUGCCUUACAUUACUAUGAAGGAAAUUUCUGUUUCUGUCAGUUUUUUUAUUUUUUUAAAUAAUUGACAUCUACCGAAUAUAAGAGUUCAAGCUUACUUGUGCCAAUGUGUCCACGGAUUGCACCAGAAACGGAAGCAUUAUGUCAUAAAAAAAAGGUUUGCCUGGUUGUACUACAAAUACACGGUGCUCAUAGCUCAACAUACUGCUGUGGCUGAUGUCUGGAAGGGGUCUUCAUUCAAGUGAUUAUAUUAACGUGAUUUUUUUUUUGUUUGGAUUAUUGCACGGUUUGACAUUCCAUGUUUACAGCUGUCCUCCUCUUCCCGGUCAUACAGUGCCACGGUCGUGCCGCAGAUGGAGGUGCCACUGCCUGACUGGCAGGUUAUAGCCGCUUAGCAGCAAUGGCCUUAGCUAAAGUGCGUCUAGCUCCCCCGCUCAUCAUCCACUGAUAGUGAAUCUCUGUGACUGUUCACCUGUGAGUGACCUGACCUGUCCUCAGCGCCAUGUUCCCCGCUAACAAAAAAUGUUCUCACAGUUUUGUCACUGUUGUAACAUUGCCAUAACAUUGCGGCAAUGUGGUGUGAAUGUUUUGUGUUAGCUGGGUUAACAACGCCUCGGCUCGGCUGUGUCCCCACGCCUUCUCUCUUGUGUUUCAGAUAUAAAGUUGGUUCAUUUUCUUUUGUGACUCCACUGCAGUCUCUCUGACUGCGUACUGUCUUAAGGGGAGCGCUGUUUGAGCAGAUUUCUGCCUGUUGGAGAAGUUAAAUCUGUGGAAGGUGAUUGUGUUUCUGCGUGGUUCUUACUCCAAACGUGCCCUCUCACUACCUAACUAAAAUGGCCUGGUGAUCACUGUGGAAAAUUCCUCUCUUGAAGAUGUCUCCUUUUGCUGUUUCUUUGUAUGGUAUAACUUGCCUAACUAGCUCCAGACUUGAUUCUUGCUUUUUAAAAAAAUUUUUAUUGUUAUUUUUAUUUUGGUCCUUUUGGUACCUUUUUUGCCUUUAAUUUCAAGAACACUGCUUAAAGAAAAAGGAAACUCAUUGUUUUUUGCCAACUUAACUCCUGUAACUGAUGGAUUUGCUUUCUUUAGAUUUAGAUUUAGCUAUUCCUCUUGGUGGAUUUUGGAGCUGUAUUUUAGUUUCCUGUACUGUAAAUGUUGAAAGGUUUCCUACUUCAUUAAACAUAAUUGUGGUCUAGUUGA